AUGGGCGGGCGAGACAGCCGGGGCGGCGCAGUGGAGCGAGGCGGGGCGGACCGGCGUGGGAGGGGUCUCUGCCGCGGGGAAGGGCGGACUCCGCAGCCCCGCGGGCCACCUGGGUCCAGUCCCGGUUGGAGGUGGCCUGGAGCGCUCGGUUCCCUCAGCGGCCGGAGCUCUGGCGGAGUCUGCGCGAUGGGCGACCCGGAAAGGCCGGAAGUGGCCGGGCCUGAGCUGGAGGAGAGGUUAUCUUCAGAUACCAACGAAAAUGAAGCAAAGUCAAGUGAAGAACCACUCCUAAGAAAGAGUUCGCGCCGAUUUGUCAUCUUUCCAAUCCAGUACCCCGAUAUUUGGAAAAUGUAUAAACAGGCACAGGCAUCCUUCUGGACAGCAGAAGAGGUUGACUUAUCAAAGGAUCUCCCACACUGGCACAAGCUUAAAUCAGAUGAGAAGUACUUUAUCUCCCACAUCUUAGCCUUUUUUGCAGCCAGUGAUGGAAUAGUGAAUGAAAAUUUGGUGGAGCGAUUUAGUCAGGAGGUGCAGGUUCCAGAAGCUCGCUGUUUCUAUGGCUUUCAAAUUCUCAUCGAGAAUGUUCACUCAGAGAUGUACAGUUUGCUAAUAGACACUUACAUCAGAGAGCCCAAGAAAAGGGAAUUUUUAUUUAAUGCAAUUGAAACAAUGCCAUAUGUUAAGAAAAAAGCAGAUUGGGCCUUGCGGUGGAUAGCAGAUAGAAAAUCUACUUUUGGGGAAAGGGUGGUGGCCUUUGCUGCUGUAGAGGGAAUUUUCUUCUCAGGCUCAUUUGCUGCUAUAUUCUGGUUAAAGAAAAGAGGUCUGAUGCCUGGACUCACCUUUUCCAAUGAACUCAUCAGCAGAGAUGAAGGGCUUCACUGUGACUUUGCUUGCCUGAUGUUUCGAUACUUAGUAAAUAAGCCUUCAGAAAAAAGGGUCAGGGAGAUCAUCGUUAAUGCGGUUGAAAUUGAGCAGGAGUUCUUAACAGAAGCCUUGCCAGUUGGCCUCAUUGGAAUGAAUUGUGUUUUGAUGAAACAGUAUAUUGAGUUUGUAGCUGACAGAUUACUUGUGGAACUUGGAUUCUCAAAAAUUUUUCAGGCAGAAAAUCCCUUUGAUUUUAUGGAAAACAUUUCUUUAGAAGGGAAAACAAAUUUCUUUGAGAAACGAGUUUCAGAGUAUCAGCGUUUUGCAGUGAUGGCGGAAAACACAGAUAAUGUCUUCACCUUGGAUGCAGAUUUCUGAAAUCCUUCCCUUAUCUAAACUUAUUGGUAAAGAGCAGUCUAUUUUUCUCUGCUUUAAAAAAUAUAAAAACAAAAAAAAAUUUUUUAAGUAUCUUCUUUAAGGAAUUCCUAGGAGUUUGCUCAAAAGGAAAUCCAAAACCAAAUAUCAAUCCAUUUGGAUCUGUAUGAAUACACUCCAACUUUCGAGUUUAACAACCAGAAUGUGACCUAAAUGCUUUUGUUUUGUUACCAAAAUAUAAGAUGGCAUUAUGUAGUGAUUAAUAGCUUGAGGUGAGGUCUCAGAUUUGAAUUUGAGAUUCUGUCCUUACUACUUUGUGUGACACUUGGCAAGUCAGUUAAUUACUCUCAACCUCAGUGUACUUACCUUUAAAAUGAGUGUAACAGCCCUGGCCAGUGUGUCUCAGUUGGUUGGAGCAUCAUCUCAUUAAUCAAAAGUUGGUGGGUUUGAUUCCUGGUCAGGGCAUAUGCAGGAAGCAAUUGAUGGAUAUUUCUCUCUCCCUUCCUCUCUCUAAAAUAAAUUAAAAAUAAAAAUAAAUAAAAUGAGUGUAAUAGUAGGUCCUAAAUUCAGAGAAAGCAUGUGAGGAUUCAGGCACAAAAUGGGUGCUUAGUGCUACCACCACCACCACCACUACUGCUAUUACUACUAGUACGUAUUAUUAUUAAUAGUGUUAAUUGCAGUGAUAUUGUGGUAAAAUGCUCCCAUAUCAAAGUAAUUGUAAUUCUAGAUCCUAAGAUCUAGUGUUAGAUCUUAGUAUUUUUAAUGUUUGAGGAAGGAUAUAAAGAUUUCCUAAAAAUCAUAAUUCUCAUUAAUUUGAGAGUAACUUCUUUGAAUUCCUCGGUAUGUAGUAAAGGAAAUUUGGUUCUUAGUUGCUUUGGGAAGGAUACUUAUGGAGUGGAAUUCAGGAGGUUAUCUUAAUAGUUGGCCUUAUGAGCAAAAUGAUUCUGCUCCUUUAGGAAUUAAAAAGGGUAACUAUUGCCAGAUGUAACCCUGGAAUGUUUAAAACCAGGCAAAUUAGCUAGACGAGCAUUUCCCAAAGAGUGUUUGAAGAGUUAUUAGCUCUCUAAUAACUCUUGUGGGGUUCUGCGGUCAGAUGAGUUUGGGAAAUGCUGUACAGUCUAUUGUUCUUUACAGUGUACACUCAGUACAUUAAAGACUGAGAAAUUCUGUAGUAAGUAAACUUAUUUCCCUCUGCAUAUUCCAAACUUACUUAACACAGAUAUGUUUCUCAUUCGUUAACAUCUAACCUGACUGGCAUUCCUCAGAACAUACUUUGGAAAAAGCUGGCCUGGAAUCAUUUUAUAUGUAGAAGACGGGCUUGUGGCUAAGCCAGGGAGAACCUGGUGGGGUUAUGAACCAUUUCAGAUUUAUGCCAAGCUGAGUCAUGUACUGUGAUUGGGCUCAUCUGUGUUUAAUACUCUUAAAACCCUUUUUUUGCUGCUGUGAGAUGUAGUUCUUUUCAGGGAACUGUGCAUGCUGCAGGAUAGCAGAUGGUGCAGGAGUUGGAGGAAAGGCCAGAAGCCAAGCUCUCUGAGCAGUCUGCCCUUCUUUACAGGAAGGAAGUGUCAGAGGUCGCCUGAGCCCCAGCAGGCAGUGGGGUGCCCCACUCACAGCAUAAUACCAUGUCAUAAAAUUCUGGACGCUCAGAUUUAGAGAUUUCCUCUUUGUAUAAAUUUUUGUCCCAUGCAUGCCACAACUACCUAAUUGAUUAAAACAGGAUGUUCUCAAGUGGAUGCAAAAGGAAAUGACUAUAACCUUAUUUGUUAGCAUAAUAUCAGAAACUUGAGAUAUCUGGCCUAUGAUAAUACCCUUUGUUUGUUCAGUGCCUCAUAGUUUGCCAGGUGUUUUUACAUCACCUCAUUUGGUCUCGCAACAGUGUUCUGAGCUUGACAGAGCAGCUAGUGCUGAAAUUUUACCAAUGGAAAGAGUGAGGCUCCGAGAAGUUAAAUGACUUGGCCAAGGUCUGUUCAUAGUCACUGUCCCUACAAUGUAGUUUUUAAAGGUCAUUAUGUUUCUUGUAUUUAGUCAUUUGUCAACCUUCUUGAUUUGAUUUUGCCUAUUUCCCCAUUAAAGUAUUACAUACUUUAAUUGAGGUAUCGUAUACAUUAAUUAAAGUAUCAAAGUAUCAUAAACAUCUUAACUAUAUUCAGGUAAUAUGUUCAAAUAUAUUUACUCCUGUACAAAAGCUUAACAUUUAAAAUUGAUAAUAUCUGUAAUGGAUGGAAUGAAAGAAAAAUAGUCCAUAUUUACAGUCCAUAUAUCCUUUGUUUUGAACCCAAAUUUUUCUCAGAGGUAAUGACAGGUGCCUUAAUAUGAAGCUUAUUUAUAUUAGCAAUAAACCUAACUGUAUUAAGAUGAAGAAAUUUUAAUACUGAAAUACUGGAUUUUUAAUACACUGCUGUAUUACAUUUGGUAUUCUAUAUCUCUUCCCAGGCCUCCAGGUUGCAUAUUUAUUUAUUAUGUUUAAUAUUUUGGUUCUUAGUUUUGAAGGAAUCAAGAAAUUGUGGAAUUUCUUUUUAGUAUUAUCUCGCAGGUAAAGAAAGAAAGUCAGAGUAUGUUUACAAUUUUUUAACAGCACAUGUAUUUAAAUCAUUGCUAUAGUAAUUAAAGUUAAUUUUUUUUAGGAAUAUAAAAACUGGUAGUCCUAUGAUACAUUGCAUUUAUUUAAAAUGUUUCAUUUUAGUAUGUAGAAUCAUGUCUUAAAAGGAUUUGGAGAGACAGUUGAUCCAGUGCUUUCAGACAGGGCUGUUUUACUGUCCAAUUAUAUACAAUAAUGAACCAUUAUUAUUACAAUACAAGCUUACCCCAGUCAUGUCUUUAUAUAUGAAAUUUUUACAGUUGUCUCAUUUUGGAAACUCAAGUUUUUUGCUUCUUUUGCCAUUUUGUUUUUCAUUUGUUCAUUAAAAAAGUGAUUAUUGAAAAAGACAGCAGCUUGCAUAUUUAAAAAAUAAAUUAUUUAAUCAUCAGGAUCUUGCAUUUCACAUUUAAAUAUGCUAACAUCACUGUCUUAGAAUUCCCAAAUUGCAUUUGUGCAGAUUAAGCUGAGGGCCAAGUGUCACUAACUGGUUUUCAGUGAUAAAGGCUGAUGGGCUACAUGAGAGCCAGCGGAGUCCUCUAAUCAGUUCUUGUGUCUUGAACUAAGUUGAGUGAAUUGGUAGCCGAAUCAGGAACUCUUCCCACACAGAAUCUGCAUAUGUGGUACAGAAGUGAGAUCUGCAUGUCUUUGUUUGAAGUGGUCUGCUCCUCUUUAGACAACUGCAGGUGUGAAGGGGAAUCUGACAUUCCUGAGGCUGCACGAAGAAAAAAUUUAGGCCUUUGAAUUUUAGGUUAUUUCUAUUAAAGAAAACAUAGGUACAAAUGAAAAGCUGGAGAACGAUUUUUUAUACAGAUAAAAACAUAACGACUCAGUCUUUUUCUAAAUUCACAAGAUUCUUAACUCAUGCAUUUGUCUUUGUUUUAUGACCAUGUUUUGAUUUUUCCAAAUGUCUGGUCAUUUAACAAAGUUAUUUGGUAUCUACUGUGUACGGAGAGCUUUUUCAGGUGUGGUGUACCUAAUAUUUUUUGCUCAAAUACAUUAUGGUCAAUCAGGACAACCCUGCAUACAUAGAAUUUUUCCCCCCCAAAGAAAUGAGUUAUUGUAUUUUGUUUUAGUUUAGUUGAAAUAAACUGUAUCAUAGCUACA